AUGCAAGGGAAAUUUUCGGUGGAAUGGCUGGCGCAGAGCAGUCACGGAGACUCAUCUUGUACUCGGCACUGCUGGGGGAACUCAAUCCCGGAGUCCCGUCAGGCCACGUCAGCUGGGCAGCGACCCGACCGACUGGCCGAGAAAACCCAAAAGCCACACGGCUCGCAGACUGAAUGUGAAGCGCCUCCGCGGCAGCAGUCACUUCCGCCCAAAAGCGAAGUUUCCACACUGCAGUCAGUUUGUGACUCGGAGGAAACAUCGGGCUACGAAAGCGAAAGAUGUCGCUCGGCGUCCCCUUCUUCUCUUAAAGACGAGGGUCGUCUCACUUCUCGCGAAGCCUCAGCUGGCCCUCCAACAGUCACCUCCUCUGGACGUCGACCCCGGACGGCCUUCACCACCGAGCAGAUCAACAAGCUGGAGAACAUCUUCAAGAAACAGACAUACGUGGGCACUCGCGAGAAGGAGGAGCUGUGCAAAAAGCUCAGUCUGUCCGAGAAACAGAUCAAGAAUUGGUUCCAAAACCGGCGGAUGAAGCUGAAGAGAGCAAUUCAGGAUGCCAUGGCCCAGGCGUGCCAUGUAAAUGUAUCUGCUCACCUCCCUCCUUAUCCUGAGCUCCGGACAUUUGGACCAACUCCAUAUGUUGGUUUCUUUCCUGGACAAGAUCCUUCUGGGGCCUUCCUUCCUGUACCACAAUACCCAGCACCCUUUCUAAGCCCUGCUACAAUGGACACGUCGGUGCACCCACUACCUGCCUUAAUGGUUUCACAGAGCGAGGCCAGUGCGAGCCAUGCCACAUUAGGCAGGUACCACCCGUAUGGCCUUUAUUAUUGA